ACCGCGCGCGGCGAGUGUCGGGUGACCUUCAGCGGCGGCGGCUGGCUCCGGGCUCUCUGUCCGUCCGAGGUCGUUUUCGCUUUCUCCUCUUCCUUUCUUCUCAGCAAAUCUUUCCCGCCGCGAUGCCAAGGGGCGGCCGGAGCCGCACGUCCCGCGUGGCGCCUCCCGCCAGUCGGGCACCAGCAAUGAGAGCUGCGUCACCAGCACCUGCUGCUCGGGCACCUGUCCCAGCAGCAGCACCGGCUUCUGCUGUGGCUGCUCCUGCACCACAGCAGCCUGGUCUGAUGGCACAGAUGGCUACAACUGCUGCUGGAGUUGCUGUAGGCUCUGCUGUGGGCCAUACUAUAGGUCAUGCUCUUACAGGAGCAUUUAGUGGAGGAAGCAGCUCUGAAGCUGCAAGGCCUGAUAUUACUUACCAGGAGCCCCAGGCUGCUCAGCCUGCCUACCAGCAGCAGCAGCAAUCGCAGUUUGCUCCUUGCCAGUAUGAAAUGAAGCAAUUCCUGGAGUGUGCACAGAACCAGACUGACCUCAAGCUGUGUGAGGGCUUCAGUGAAGUUCUGAAGCAGUGCAGGUUUGCUAAUGGUUUAGCCUAAGCCUUCAGAACGAGGCUGGUGAAGACCAUCGUACAAGAACUGACCUGUGAAUGACAAAAAAGCUUCAGUUAAUAAAGUCUAAAGCUGUCUGGUAUCUUGUUAGUUCAUACAUUCACACUGUCAUGCUCGUGGCUUGCUUCUUGCCCUAGCAGCUACACACACGAUACGACUUACAGCCGCAAAUUACUUAGCACAAAAUGGAAGAAUGAGUAAUAAAGCAGAAUGAGCUCAUCCUUGGAUUAACUGGUUUGCUGAUUGUUGUGUUGAAUGUAAGUGAUACAGUGGUGAAAUAAACUUCUCUCUCUAGAAA